GUUCUUUCGGAUCGGACUCACUCCCAGUAGGACUCGCGCGGUAUGGCGGGCAGUAGCAACGUUUGACCAACCAGAAACUUUGAUUUGACAGAAACAGUUUCCGAGGAUGGCUUCGUUUGUAACAGAAGUACUUGCGAGCUCGGGAAAAUUGGAAAAAGAUGAUCUCGCUUCUAAAAUCUCCAAACUCUCCCGGAAAGUGGAGGAAACAAAGGAAGAAGUGUCUGACAUGAUAAAUAAGAAAUACAACGAGUUCAUACCAAGUAUGGAGGCAGCUGAAGAACUCAUGGACCAAGUUGAAGCCGUAUCUAAGGACAUUGAUCUAUUGAAAAGCUGUAUUGAGAAUGAGGUGCAACAGAACCUACAUGAAGCUGUAACAGAAUAUGCCAAGCUCAAACAGCAACUGGAGAAGAACACUGCAGUGAUAAGCAUGCUCCAACAUCUACAAGAGUUUGACACAGCAAUGGAGGAGUACCACAAGACCUUACAGGAGAAGAAAUAUGAAACAGCAGCCAAGCAGCUUGGGAAAGCACGAGGCAGUGUUGAAGCCUUGAAAGCUUGGAAAAAUUCAGAGUUGCCUUUACUUAAAGCCCUCAGUUCAGAGAUAACUGUACAGAGAGAGAACCUCAUCUACCAUCUUGGAGAAGAGUGGAAGAAACUGGCAGUAUGGAAACUGCCUCCUGCCAAAGAGCUUAAUGGAAUGGAGUCUCUCCUGACGACAGCACUUCAUUUAAACAGUGGAGAAUCUAAGGAAGACAAACACACUCCUAAUCAACUUCUAUCCAGUGUACUUCAGGCUCUUGCCAUUCAAGGAGAGCUGCACAAGAAAAUUAAACUAUUUGGGCAGGUGUUACUGAAGUAUAUGCUGAAGCCUCUGAUCAUGUACCCAUCUCUGCUGGUAGAGGUGGGUGAGCAGCUUGAACAGGGCACUGUCUUGAGUCUACACAGUGAAGAGAACCAAGCAGAGCACCCAGCCCCUGCUGAAGUCUACACCAAAAUCCUUAUAGUACUUAAGACCUUGCAUGAACACCUCUUUGGUACAUCCAUAGAUGAUAAGAAAGUGUCUGCUAUAUUGGGAGACCAGAUAUGGGAGGAGAUGUCAGACUGCAUCAUCCGUGAAUGCUUAUUGUAUUCUAUACCAACGAACAGCAGUCAACUAGCAGCUUACGAUACGGUUAUCAAAGAAACUGAGGAUUUUGAAAAUCAGUUGAAAGAUAUGGGAUACCUCAGUGGAGACUCCACAGAUCUUCUGAAGUAUGCAAGAAAUGUCAACUGCCAUUUUGCUAGCAAAAAAUGCCAAGAUGUCAUAGUAGCUGCCCGGAAACUCAUGACCUCAGAGAUGCACAGUACUGUUAAAAUCUCUCCAGAUUACAAACUUGCAAUCCCCAAACUGCCCAGCCUGGCUGGAGGGAGCAGAGAGAAGCAAGAGGUGAAGAGGAGUGGCCAGUGUGAUCAGCAGAUCCUGGAGAAUGAGAAGCAGUUGGGUCAGCGCACAUUGUGCCUGCCAGUGUGCCGCAUCAGUGAAUCUGUGCAGCAGCUAAUGGAACUGGCUAUAAAAACCCUGUCUGAGGCAGUGGGCAGCUCCCCCCAGUGUGCUGUCCAGCUAUUCUACACAACCCGGAAUAUUUUUCACCUGUUCUAUGAUGUUGUGCCUACAUAUCACAAGGACAAUUUACUUAAGUUCCCUCACUUAGCUGCCAUUCAACACAACAACUGCAUGUUCCUUGCCCACCAUCUGCUGACGCUGGGACACCAGUUUAGACCGCAUCUUCCCUUAAAAGAUGGAGUGGCCUAUUUUGUUGACUUGGUCCCAGGAUUUAGAAGAUUGGGUGCUCAGUGUUUUGUGGCACAGAUGAAUGUCCAGAAAGCAGAGAUGCUAGAGAGGCUGUCUACUGCUAGAAACUUCUCCAAUUUGCAUGAUGAAGACAAUUACUCUGCAGCCAGCAAGGCAGUCAGACAAGUGAUACACCAGCUAAAGCAACUGGGAAAAGUCUGGCAAGAUGUCCUACCAGUGAACAUAUACUGCAAGUCUAUGGGAACACUCUUGAAUACCGCAAUAUCUGAACUGAUUACCAAAAUCACGAUGUUGGAGGACAUCUCAACUGAAGACGGAGAGCGUCUGCACACGCUCUGUCAGACGAUCAUAGAGGAGGGACCAUUAGUAUUCACUCCAUUGCCAGAGGAGAACAAGAACAAGAAAUACCAAGAAGAAGUCCCAGUCUAUGUGAAGAAGUGGAUGACCUUUAAAGAACUGUCCAUAGUUCUGCACGCCAGCCUGCAAGAAAUAGUGGACAGGUGGGCAGAGGGCAAAGGUCCUCUCGCACAGGAGUUCUCCAGUAACGAAAUGAAGAGCCUGAUUCGGGCUCUUUUCCAGAACACAGACAGACGAGCUAUAGCCCUUACCAAAAUCAAAUAGACUGUAAUAACCAUGGCACUUCAUACUCACUACGAUGCUACAUAUCCAUUCUUCCUUCUGCAGAUUUUUUCUUCUAUUUUUUAUAUUAUGCUGCAAAAUAUAAAACAAUAAAAUCCUUUCCAAGUAAUGCCAAUUAA